UGAUGCUCCGCCACGCUCUCGCAUCCCCGUCGGCAGCACCAGCCUCGCAUCGGCACAUCAGCAAACUCAGAGCACGUCUGAGCGCCACGAUGGAUGGGCAACGUAAAGACCGCAGAAUGACUCACUUGUGGAUAUUGACGUUACUGAUACUUGUCUAACCUCUGAGCACUGGAUAACUCAACUUUUUUUUUCUGGAUACGGAUCGUGGAGCUGGCUCUUGUCCCGCAGGCUUUUGGAGGAUUAUAUUUAUUUUGCCAUCACUCCGUUUUGUGCCGUCACACUUGGAAUAGGAGCGUUUUGUUUUUGUGGGAGGACUCACUGAUUUUUUAGGAUACGCACAUCAAACUCUAAAGGAUGGCCGUUUGGUUCACCUCUAUCCUUACAAUAGUUUUAUCAUUAUUUACUCAGGUUCUGGGAUCAGGUGUGUUCGAGCUGGAUCUCCAUCACUUUCAGAAUACUAAAGGUUUGCUGGCAAACGGACUCAGCUGCAGCAUGAGCGGCUGCAGGACUUAUUUCAGGGUUUGCUUGAAGAACUUUCAGAAGCCGGUGUCUCCCGGACGCUGCAUAUUCGGCCAAGCUGCCACACCUGUCCUGGGCACCGACUCCUUCAGCAUCCGGCCGGACGCCAGGCUGCGUCUACCGCUCAACUGCACCUGGCCGGGUGCUUUCUCCCUAGUUAUUGAAGCCUGGUAUUCUCCUGCAGCGGACCAACCUGGAGACACCACCAACACUGAUUUCUUGAUUGGCUCUUAUGCCACCCAAAGACAGUUGGGAAUAGGGAGUGAGUGGUCCCUGGAUGGGACCACUCAUGGGACGCAGACGGAGCUAAGGUACUCAUACCGGUUCAUCUGCAAUGAACAUUACUACGGGGACACUUGUUCCAUGAUAUGCGCAUCGAGAGACGACCACUUUGGCCACUACACCUGCAACCCAGACGGGCAAAAGGCCUGUCUGCCGGGAUGGAAGGGAGCAUACUGCCAAGAACCAAUCUGUCUUAAUGGCUGCAAUGAGAUGAAUGGAAACUGUACAUUACCUGGAGAGUGCAAGUGCAGAGAGGGCUGGCAGGGACUCUUUUGUGAUGUGUGUAAACUCCAUCCGUCCUGUAAACAUGGUACCUGUAAAGAUCCGUGGCAGUGCACCUGCAAAGAAGGCUGGGGAGGCAUCUUUUGUGACCAAGAUCUGAACUACUGCACCCAUCACAAACCCUGUGCCAACGGGGCCACAUGCAUGAACACGGGCCACGGCAGCUACACCUGCACCUGCUUGCCAGGCUUCAACGGGGUCAACUGUGAUUUCGAGGUCGGGGAGUGUCACAGCCAGCCCUGUCAAAACGGAGGCCACUGCCUGGACUCUGAGGACGGCUAUAGUUGUGAGUGCCUGCCGGGGUUUGAAGGGACUCGCUGUGAGAACAAGAUGCUGACCUGUGCAGACACACCCUGCUUCCACAGUGGCAGGUGCAAAGAGAGAGAUCAUGGGAAUAGCUACAUUUGUGAGUGUCAAGCAGGAUACACUGGACUCAACUGUGAGAUGAAGGUGGAUAAAUGCACCGCACUGCAAUGCAAAAACGGUGGACAUUGUGUGACCCAAGGUAACCUGCGACUGUGCAGCUGUCGCUCAGGCUUCACAGGACUCAGCUGUGAGAUCAACAUCGACGAGUGUGCCCGAAACCCCUGUGCAAAUGGCUCCACCUGCAUCGACCGCAUUAACGACUACACCUGCGACUGCCCCCCAGGGUACAAGGGCCGCCACUGCGACAAGGCCACCGACCGCUGUGCCUCUUGGCCCUGCUUGAAUGGAGGGACCUGCACCACGGGAGCCACAGGCCCGCCGGCCUGCCUCUGCCCUGCCCAUUACAGCGGACCCCAGUGCCAGACCAGCGAUGUGCCUUUAGCCAACACCCCCAGCCCAAACAUAGGCUGGGAGUCCUAUGACAAGCUGAGCCUGGCAGCCAUCAGCUUGGGAGCAGGCCUGGUGGCUGUUCUGGUGCUUUUCGGCAUGGUCGUGGUGCUAAUACGUCACAUCAAGAAGCAGAGAACCAAGGAGCGGAACUCAGAGACUAUGAACAACCUCUCCAAGGUGGACUUUCAGAAAGACAACCUCAUCUCUUCUCUAGACCUCAAGAAUACUAAUAAAAUGAUAGAUCAGGAGGUGGACUGUCCCAGGGAAAAGUCGAAUCACAAACACAUCAACCACUACCACCUGGACUAUAAAACCUCUAUGGGGUACAAGGACGAAAUGUCUCUUCUGGACAAAGAUGACAACUGUGAAAAGACGAGAGAAGACAAAAAGCAUCUGAGUAGAAUGUACAGUGAAAGACCAGAGUGUAGAGUAUCGACAAUAUGUUCUUCCAGAGAUUCGAUGUACCAGUCCGUCUUUGUAAUAGCAGAGGAGAAAAACGAAUGCAUCAUUGCAACUGAGGUAUAAUACAUGGAAGACGUUAUGUAUCAUCCACAUUUGGAGUUCCUUUGGACUGUUUACACGUGUGGAGAGACUGGGAUUUAUUUAAAUGAAAGUUGCUGCUCUUGAAAAAACUUGAUAACUGGAUGGAGCCGGUGUGCUCGUCGAAUGCAAUAGUACUAAAAGCCUCUAAACUUUGUGAGAAUGUAAAGACUGAAAAAAAAAUACGACUGGAGAAAAACAAUGAGCAAAUCUGACUUGUGGAUGCGCCUUUGAUGUUUUUCCACUCAAACCCUUGUCGGCUCCGUCCAAGUUCGUCCGAGGGCAACACACCGAGACGCUCAUGCCUGCGUGUUGAUUGAGAAGAAAAGGACUUUAUCCUCACGUGCUCCUCCCCACCUUAUUGCAGUAAUCAGCAAUCGACAAAUCAACUUACUGCCAACAAGCCUGUGGAGGUAGCCAGCCUUUUCCAUGUUUCUGUGGCCUGCAAUGCGCUAUGCAAACAAAUGGGGGGGGAAUCAGCAUUGUGCUUAAUGACAAAAAGGGAAAAAACAACUACUGAAAACGGUUCAUUUUUGAAGAAUAAGGUUAUCAGUUUUCAUUUUUUGUAAAUCAAAUCCUUUUUUAAAAAUAAAGAUUGUAUGAAGCCUAGAUCAGAAAGCCUUAUAUACAUGUUUCAACAAAACAUUGUGCCCCGCCUUAUCUUGAUUCCUUUGCACAGCAACGUGGAGAUAAAGGGAAGAUCAAAAGAUGCAAUACGCUAUAGCGCCAUGCAGAGAAAGUCUUGAUAGGGCCUUGAUUUACCUUAUGCAAGAUCACCCUUUGAUAAAGACAAAGAAAUACAUGAAGUGACUAUCGUACCAAGGACGCCUUCAGAGGAAAUUACUGAACUAAUAAUGUUGUUUUGUAAGAUUAGUAUUCCAUUAGUAAUUUAAGAUUAUGAAGCACUGAUCUCGCUCUAUGUUUUAUAAGAUUAUUUUGUAUAUACUGUAUAUUUAUACGUGGAGAUUAGAAGUAUGAUUUGUACAUCUGUUUUUAAGUGGAUGUCCCCAAAAAGGUGAAUUUAUUUUUAAAGCGUCUGUUGGUGUUUUAUUUUAUUGUUAUAAUUUUUUGUUUUGUUAUAUAAAAGAAGAAAACAAUGAAUACAUAUCUGGUACACUG